AUGUCUGAAGGGUUCGAAAAGAGUUUAAACAUAUUACUUAUCAAGAACAUUUUAUCUGGAAUAUCAGUGCUAGAUAAUGAUAUGAAUUUCAAUAACCGACCAUCACCGUCAAAACACUGUGAUUUUGUUAAUUUUAUUGCUGGAACGCAAGAUGAUAUUAUGGAAGACAAAUCAGUGGUCACGAAGGUAAAAGUAAUUAACGAAAAUAUAUCAUCCACAAAUUCACUAUCAAACUUAUCAAAUUUACUGGACAAUAACUGGCCUAGUUCCUCUUCCCCUGAAUCAGUUUAUAACUAUAAUUACAACGAUAUAUAUCAGACGGAAGAAGAAUUGGACGAUUUCUUAGAUGAACAGAGAGAAAGUCAACUUGAAAUGAUAUUUAUGAAAAAUAAAUCUUUUGUAGAGAAUAAGAUCAGUGAAAAUGAGAUAAAAGUGACAAGUAAUCCAACGGCGAAUAUAGUAAAAAAUACUUCGUUUAUUACUAAAUGCAAAACGAAACGUCCAAUGGUUUCUUAUGAUUUCUCAUGUAAAACACUAAAUCCCUCAUUCAAACACGUUGAACUUUUGACACCGGUAAAAGAGAAAAAGUGGUUUGAAGAUUACAAAAUGGAAUUACAGUUUCUGCAAGAAAAUUUUUCAGAAGUUUUACCAGAAAUCUUAUACGACGUUGUCAGAAAACGAGUCACGGAUCCGGUACACUAUAUUGUCUACCACCUUAUAAAAUAUAAAGUUGAUAAGUUAAGCAAUGUCCAGUGUACAAACAUUUGUAUUAAAGAUAAUAUAUUGUAA